CAACAGCGUAGCAGCAUGAAGCCAGCUUUCGUGAGCCCUGCUGCACCACCCAGGGAGGAGACUGACAGCCGACCUCUUCCUCCAGGAUGGAGGAGCUACAAGUCACCUGAGGGACUGAGGUAUUACGUCAACAGCUCCAGUAAAGAAACAACAUGGCAGCGUCCCUCCUUGUCAGCUGAGUCCCCACAGAGACCGCUGGCACAGCACAACUCCUCACCAUAUGCCAAUGGAUGCCACGGCAGUACAAAGACCAGUCAGCCCACAGAGGCCGCUGAUGUUGCUCUGAGGAAACCCGCCAUGAACAAACAGCCCCCCGGCUCUGUUUCGCCAGCCAAGAGGCAGAUCAGGGAGGUCAAGGAGACCAAGAUCACUAUCAACUGUGUGACUUUCCCUCUGCCUGGAGAAAGUCCGGAGCAGCAGCUCCUGAAGCCCAACGAAUGGAGCUACUGCGAUUACUUCUGGACCGACAAGAAAGACCCCCAGGGGACCACCUCGGUGGCGGGCUUCGAGGUUCUUCUGCAGAAGCAGCUGAAGGGCAAACAGAUGCAGAAAGAGAUGGCCGAGUUUAUCCACGAGAGGAUAAAAAUUGAAGAAGAAUAUGCCAAGAACCUCUCCAAGCUGUCUCUGAGCCCCCUGGCAGCACAGGAGGAAGGGACUCUCGGAGAAGCCUGGACUCAGCUGAAGAAGAGUCUUCAUGACGAGGCUGAAGUUCACCUAAAGUUCUCCAACAAGCUCCACACUGAGGUAGAAAAACCCUUGCUGACGUUCAGGGGCGACAACUUCAAGAAGGACCUGAAAAAGUACGACCAUCACAUCGCCGACCUCAGGAAGCAGCUGGCGAGUCGCUACGCAGGUGUGGAGAAGGCUCGUAAAGCUCUGGCAGACAGGCAGAAGGAUCUGGAGGUGAAGACCCAGCAGCUGGAGAUCAAACUCAGCAACAAGACGGAGGAGGACAUAAAGAAGGCCCGGAGGAAAUCCACACAAGCAGGAGACGACCUGAUGCGCUGCGUGGAUCUGUACAACCAAACCCAGUCCAAGUGGUUUGAAGAAAUGGUCACCACCAGCAUGGAGCUGGAGAAACUGGAGGUUGAACGGAUUGAGUGGAUUCAGCAGCAUUUACGCCAGUACACGACUCUGCGCCAUGAAACGGACAUGUUCAAUCAGAGUAUGGUGGAGCCAGUCGACCAGCUGCUGCAGAACGUGGAUCCAGGCAAAGACAGAGAGCUGUGGGUGAAGGAGAAUAAAACCGGCAAUGUUCGACCUGUGGAUAUGGACAUAUAGACCAUCCUGACCUGGGAUCAGCCAUUCUGUCUUCAGUAUUAUAACACAUCCACGGAGUCCCAGAGCACUUCUGAUAACACUGAUCCGGGGACGGUGCAUGUUCAGACUACUGAGGUCUGCUCUUCCUCUCUCUGACUGGAAUAACAGGAGGAAAGGUUCCAACUUAACGCAGUCUGAGUCCAGCAAACAGUAAUGGAUCAAAGUACCAGCAUGUUCCUUCUAAAUUUUAACCCUAUCAUAAUCAACAUUAGCUUAUUGAAUGCCAUUUACCAUAUUCUGCUGUUUACCUGUUGUAAAGUUGACACUAUUAGAACAAUUAUAUGUAUUUUGAAUCGUUUAGUUUAGCUUCAAUUUACACUUUUCCAGUUUGAGUAAACCGAACAAAAACAAAAAAAGUCUGUUUAUUGAUAUUACCUUUAUUUUAGAUACGGAUAUUGAAGCAUAUCGAGAUCUUAGAAUGAAUAUGAUAUAUUUUCAUAUUUUGCUGGUUCAUUUUGGUGGAAAUGCAUGUUUUGAAUAUCUUGCUUUUACUGUAUAUGGGGAGCUGCACAAUUUGUGGAACCACGAUGGUUGUUUUGGUGUAGUUCACUGAAUUUACACAAGGUAUUCUGCAUCUUGUGAGUGACGGAAUCAAUUUAGGAGCUUUCUCACAAACAAAAUGAGAAUUUACGUGUACAGCGUUAAUAUCCAGUAACCUCAAUUGUUUAAAAAAAAAAACAACAACAACAACACACACAUACAGUGUUUUGGAAUGUGAAUUUAACACGUGGUCGAUUGGAUUUAGGCCAGGGUCUAUUUUGGAUCAGUCCGGAGGGAAAAGGUGGUCCAAGUUACACUGAAACACCUUUUAGUGCCUAACGGUUAUAUACCUGGAAUGUCCUUGACAUAUUCUACUCUGCAUCAGUGUACAUUUGUACAUACAUUCUAGAUGUAUUUUGCUGUCAAAUGUUUAACAGGCCUCAGAUCUUUGGCCUGAUGAGGUGUUUGUACUGUACAAUGUUGUUUGUUUUAUUUUUGGUAAAUGUACAGAGAAUAUCUUUACGACGGUGGCUGGUAAACGAGGGCAACGUGCAGCAGAAAGCAUAUUCCAAAAGAGAAGAUAAGGUAGUGAAUUUGUGAUAUGGAUUGAUCUGGCCAGGAUGUUAUUGAUCGAACUCGUCCCAGUUGCACAAACGCAAAUGAAACCCAUUUUAUCAGAGACUGCAUGUACAGUAUGUGUCUGUGUUUACAUGUAUGUGUGUGUGUCUGUCUUUGUCUUUACAUUUUGUUGUGCUCUGUCUGUUCUGGAUUUAUUUGGAUUAUCUUUCUGUGGCCGUUCUUUUCAAUUUCUUAAAAGCACGAAGCCAAUCAAAUAAAGAUUCAAGUCGUAAUCCUAAUCCAGCUGCCAGGCACAAGAAAACAAUUGCUAUGAAAAAAUAAAUAAUUGCUUACCUGCCUUAUCACCAACAUUGAUAAUGCGUUAAGUGCAUUACAUGAUUUUGUGUUAAAUAAAGAAAAGUCGACUUUUUUUGUUUGAAUUGUGAAUGGAUUCAGCACAUUCAGACUUUGCUUUAAACCCAAAAGGCUUCAUGCGCAGGUUUAAAUAGCAUAUCUGUUGUAGAGAUUUUAUCAGUGUGUGUCAAUGUUGUGCACUAAAUGUAACAAGUUAUUAUGUUCCAACUAAAUGUUCUUGACAAGAAUCGACAGUUUCAUGAUGACGUAACGGUUGAGUUUACUGCCCCUCCCUGAUUAACAUUUUCAUAACAUGCAUUAAAUCCGAUGUUCUCGAUGUUUUGAGAAUGUUUGAUCAUAGGUGACCUCUGUCCAGACGGUGUACUGUUUAAUGCAGUGUCCAAAAUAAAUCUCCUCUUUGAAAAU